AUGAUUGAGUCCUGUAAGGCCAUCAUUCAACUGCCCAGUAUAUGCGAGAAAACCAAACGUUUGCCUGUUCCUUUGGUUGGUAUUGUCUUCGGCUCAGACGACUAUUGCGUCUCUUUGGGUGUCGGAAGGAGUUCAACCAAUGUGGAACUAUCAUAUCCAAGGCAAUUCGUGCCGGUCGUGGCCAAAGCCUUUGGAAUGGCCGCCAUUGAUAUGGUCGACAUUGAUUAUAAAGACACCGACAAACUAAAGAAUAACUGUGAACUGGGCUCCCAAUUCGGUUUUGACGGAAAGCAAACAAUACACCCGUUGCAAUUGCCAAUUGUCAAUCAGGCAUUCACACCUGCUUCAGCCCGGGUAGAAUGGGCUAGAGCCUUGUUAGAGGCGGCAAAAGCGCAUCACUCCACGGGCGACGCAGUUGGUGCUCAUGCAUUCACAUUUCGUGGGCGUAUGAUUGAUCGGCCAACAUUGCGGCAAGCGGAACAUAUAGUUCACCUAACUGAUCUGGUACAUCUGAGGGCGGCAGAUGUCAAACCACUUAGACCCUGA